GUGCGGGACAGCUGGCGCCGGCAGCAGCUGAGAGGCCCGAGGCGGCUGCAGCGGCAGCGGCAGGAGCCGCAGCCACUACCGCCCCUACACGGAAGGAGCCUUUACUGUCAAGCUUUCCUCAUUUUUGGAAAUGGCGGGUGAAAUCACAGAGACCGGGGAGCUUUAUUCUCCUUAUGUCGGGCUGGUGUACAUGUUUAACCUCAUCGUGGGCACAGGUGCACUCACCAUGCCCAAGGCCUUCGCCACUGCCGGGUGGCUCGUCAGCCUGGUCCUGCUGGUGUUCCUGGGCUUCAUGAGCUUUGUGACCACCACCUUCGUGAUGGAGGCCAUGGCAGCAGCCAAUGCCCAGCUCCGCUGGAAGAGGAUGGAAAACCACAAGGAGGAGGAAGACGAUGACUCCUCCACAGCCUCAGACAGUGAUGUUCUCAUCCAGGACAGCUACGAGCGGGCAGAAAAACGGCCCAUCCUGUCUGUGCAGAGACGUGGAUCUCCCAACCUUUUCGAGAUCACAGACCGUGUGGAAAUGGGACAAAUGGCCUCCAUGUUCUUUAAUAAAGUUGGGGUGAACUUGUUCUAUUUCUGCAUCAUCAUAUACCUGUAUGGGGACCUGGCCAUCUAUGCUGCAGCUGUGCCCUUCUCCCUCAUGCAGGUGACCUGCAGUGCCAUUGGCAAUGACUCCUGUGGCAUGGAGGCAGACACCAAACACAACGACACUGACCGGUGCUGGGGGCCUCUGCGGCGAGUGGACGCCUACCGCAUCUACUUGGCUGUCUUCACUCUCCUCCUCGGACCUUUCACCUUCUUUGACGUCCAGAAGACCAAGUACCUGCAGAUCCUAACCUCUCUGAUGAGAUGGAUCGCCUUCACUGUCAUGAUCGUGCUGGCCCUGGUCCGCAUCGGGCAUGGCCACGGGGAGGGGCACCCAACCCUGGCUGACUUCUCUGGGGUCCGGAACCUGUUUGGGGUGUGCGUGUACUCCUUCAUGUGCCAGCACUCCCUGCCGUCCCUCAUCACCCCCGUCUCCUCCAAGCGCCAUCUCACGCGGCUGGUAUUCCUGGACUACGUGCUGAUCCUGGCCUUCUACAGCCUCCUGUCCUUCACCGCCAUCUUCUGCUUCCGCGGUGACAGCCUCAUGGACAUGUAUACCCUCAACUUCGCGCGCUGCGAUAUUGUGGGCCUGGCCGCCGUGCGCUUCUUCCUGGGCCUCUUCCCCGUGUUCACCAUCAGCACCAACUUCCCCAUCAUCGCCGUGACACUGCGCAACAACUGGAAGACGCUCUUCCACCGCGAGGGCGGCACCUACCCGUGGGUGGUAGACCGCAUCGUGUUUCCCACUAUCACCCUCGUGCCCCCCGUGCUCGUGGCCUUCUGCACCCAUGACCUGGAGUCCUUGGUGGGCAUUACAGGGGCCUAUGCGGGCACCGGCAUCCAGUAUGUCAUCCCUGCCUUCCUGGUGUACCUCUGCCGCAAGGACACCCAGCUGGCCUUCGGAUACGGGACUGUCAACAAGCACAGAUCCCCUUUCCGCCACACCUUGUGGGUGGGCUUCGUACUGCUUUGGGCUUUGUCAUGCUUCCUCUUCGUCACAGCCAACAUUGUCCUCAGUGAGACCAAGCUCUGAUGGCGGGACACAUCUGGUGACAGCAGCCUCCCCGCCUGCGGAGCCAAGAUUUAGUUGUCUCCCGGGCCUUCUUGGGGCAGGUGGGACCGUGGCUCUCAGGCCCAGCUAGGAGUCUUCUCAGACUCUCCGCCCAGACUCGUCCAGUGUGUACCUGGCUGCACUUACCAGGGCAGCUCUCCUCCCAGGCCCACCUGUCUGGGCACAUGCAGCUGCUCCUGGACUCUGGGACUUAUUACCGGAAUCACCCCAUUUCCCAACACACUCUACCCCCCACUACCAGAGGCGGGCGCCUCCCAAUGAGGUGGGAGAUGCAGUGCUGGCGCUGCUGCCAUUAUACCAGCCCCACGUCUCCCCUCCCUGCCUCCCCAGCUCCCUCUUUGUCUAGAAAGUCUCCAGCUGCUGCCUCUUGAGAGGGUCCUAAGGACCAGGUCCUAAGCAUCCUAACCCUGCCUGCCUGUGAUGGGCAGGGCCAUCCUUCCCCCCCCACCCCCAGCCUGAGAGUUACGAAGUGCCACUCCUAGGAGAGGGCCUGGCUGGCCCUGGUGACAAGAACAGGAAGUGCUAAUUGACACCAGUGGCCUGGCCCAGAGCUGGGAGGGCCCUUGCUGUGGGCGCCAGCUCCAGAGCAGCAGGCUAGAGGGAGCUUCCCUUCCAUGAGGACACAGCAGCCUGUGGGCUGGGUUUAAAGCCCAGAGCUCAUGUCCCUGAAAGGGUCUCUCUGCCCUCCUGGCUGUCACACUGGAGUCCUCAGGGCCUCUUGCAGUGCAGGGGCCUGCUAGAGGGAAGGCAGCCCCACCUAGCACCCUCAGUGGCAGGUGGAGGGCCCUGGUGUCCCACCCUGCAAGUCAGGCUAUUCCCACUCAACACUAAAGAUGGCUCUUAGGAGACAGUGUGGGCAUUCAGGGUUCAUGUUCUCCAUGUCUUCUGGGUGACGUGGGGUUGGGUGGGGAACUCACCACCAGUCCCCAGCCACCACAGUCAUGCACGCACCUGGGGUUGGCCUCCUUGGAAACGUAUGUGACUCAAAUGAACUCAUCUCAAUGUGCCUUCUGCUUCAGGUCCUGGGUCCUUCCUGACCCUGCCUGGCUUGCCCCCAGCCCCGGAGCCCACCCGUCCCGGGUCCCGGAGCCCGGAGCAGCUGCCCAGGAGCUGCCUCUCUGGCAUGAGGUCUCAGGCCCCUGCCUCUCCUUGAUUUCAGUGCCUUGUUCAGCCCUCCUGGAGGGACCUCCCUCCACCUCUCCCCUGCAUCUCGCUGUCAUCAGGUCUUGGACAGAACAAUGAUGCCAGGUCUGCUGGGGCCCAAGGUGAUCUCAGGGUUGGGGGAUAUGUGGGAUUUGCAGGAAAUGUGGGGUACCCAUAGGCAUGCCACCCUCCUCCACCCUGGCAGCCACAGGCUGGGAGCCCCCGAGUGGCACAGUUGGCCUGAUGACUUUCUCACUGUUCCGCCUCAGCAGUUUUCACAGCUUGUCCCAGGUAUCAUUAUCUUCUAUCACAGGAAAAGCAAACACCCCUCCCCCAUCUGCCAUUGUGGCUUCUAACCAGGAGGCCCGGUGGGGUGGGCAGAGCAGGGGGGCACCACAGUGACAAGACCAAGAAUAAGGAAGACCCGGCUGUGGUGCAGGCCCUCCCUGGAGCUUCCCAGCUAUUGUAAACUGAAAACAUCUGUACUUACCCUUUGCAAAUUACGUUCCCUCUUGCUUAAGGACAAAGCAAAUUAAAUCAUCCGGCUGCCCUAAGCUCCAAACCAAAUUUUGGACACAUAUUUAUUAGCCUCAUAAAGCCCAGGUUGAUUUAUGUGAUAAUCUGGAGCCAUAAAGCAGUGGAGUUAGUGGCUGAGUUCCCUCCACCUCAGGCUGGGGCAGCCCAGCCCUGGGGGAAUUGGCCCAAGGUGCUCACACCACUCCCACUCUCCUGCUGCUUUGCUUCUCAUUCACCUGCUACCUGUCUUGCCAAAGGUCAGGUGGGGUCCCCUUGGAGUGCCACUGACAGCUGGGGGACUUGGAGUCAGGAGAGAAGUCCCCAGCAGUGAAACAUACCAGGUGAUGCUGGCUCUCCACAGGCAUAAUGCUUUUACAUCAGCUUGGUGCAGUGGACACACAGGUUGUGGUUUCCACUUUGCAAAUGGGACUCUGGGGUCAGUGGUGGGGAGGGUGGAAGGGGUUGCCAGGCCUCCCUGCCCCAUGUACAAUUGUAGCUGUGGAGAUGUUCCAUGCUCAGUCUCCAGCCCUGUCAUUCACCUGUUCUGUCCCACAUGCACCCAGGCAGGCCAGAUCAAGGUGGAAGUGCACCCCCCCCCCGCCUCCCUCCUGCAGAACUAGCAGAUACACCUGAGUGCCAGAGCCUUACAUGGCAGCUCCUGGCUAUGCCUCACUUGAGGCCAGAGCAGCGGCCACUGGCUUUUAGGUGGGCCAGAUGGCAGGUGACAGGCUGAGAGGCACCGCUGCGGGGUGGAGGGUGUGCACUGGGCAUAGUGCCAGGGCCCCAGCCACACAGCUGUUCUCACCACAGGGGGACUGGGGCAAAGCCAGGGCAGUAAGGAGCUAUGCCCCACCUCCUGGGAAACCAGCCCGGAUGGGCAGCGGCUGGUAGUGCCAGGCUCUGGGGAAGGCUGAGACUCCACUUGUCCAGGAGGCAAAUUCUCAAGCACAGUUGACUCGUGGGAAGGGCCACUGUAAAGCUGAUUCUUCAGACACCUAGAUGCAGGGCACAGCAGAGAGCUUGGGGUCCCUUCCCCUGGAGCAUGGGGGCCAUAGUGUGGAUUGCAGACUGGAAAAGUAACCUCUUUUGAGGGUUUUUAUGUACCAGGCGCAGCACUGGGCACCUUCCACGUGAACAAGCUGCCGGGCCUGCUGCUUACAGGCAGCGCACCUUCAUGAGCUCUCCCCACCUUAUUUGUAAAGUGGGUGACAGUAGCUAUGUCACUGCCUCAUUGUGGGAAUUAAAGUACGGAGCUAAGUGCCCUGCACAGAAGUGCUCAAUAAAGCUAUUCUUUACUGA